AUGACACCAAUCCCGGAUGAAAUGAGCAUCUCCGCCUAUGGAGAGGCUCGCUCAACCGUGGAAGGAAAGCCCCUCGAUGCUGAGACCAUUCGUAAGAUGAAUGCCUGGUUCCGCGCCAGCAUGUACUUGUGUUUGGGCAUGCUCUACCUUCGCGACAACCCCCUCCUCGAAGAACCUCUGAAGCUAGAGCAUCUCAAAGCUCGACUCUUGGGUCAUUGGGGUUCGGAUGCCGGACAGGCUUUCACCUGGAUGCACAUGAACCGUCUCAUCAAGAAAUACGACCUUGAUGUUCUGUUCGUUUCGGGCCCCGGCCACGGUGCCCCUGCAAUUCUGUCGCAGUCUUACCUCGAGGGUGUCUACUCAGAAGUCUACCCGGAUAAAGGUCAGGAUAAGCAGGGCAUGCAGAAGUUCUUCAAGCAAUUCUCUUUCCCUGGAGGCAUUGGCAGCCACGCCACCCCCGAGACACCUGGUAGUAUCCACGAGGGAGGCGAGCUGGGAUAUUCACUCUCUCAUGCCUUUGGCACGGUUUAUGACCACCCCAAUCUCAUUACUCUGACCAUGGUCGGCGACGGCGAGUCCGAGACCGGUCCCCUUGCCACCAGCUGGCACAGCACAAAGUUCCUGAACCCCAUCAACGACGGAGCUGUCCUGCCUGUUCUCCACCUCAAUGGAUAUAAGAUCAAUAACCCCACCGUGCUUGCACGAAUCAGUCACUCCGAACUGUCCUCCUUGCUCGUUGGCUAUGGAUGGAAACCAUACUUUGUCGAGGGAAGUGACUUCGACAGCAUGCACCAAGCCAUGGCGGCUACACUCGAGCAAUGUGUCACCGAGAUCCGGGGAUACCAGAAGAAAGCCCGAGACUCCAAGGUUCCCUUCCGGCCCCGCUGGCCCAUGAUCAUCCUGCGCACACCCAAGGGAUGGUCCGCUCCACGGGAGGUUGACGGCCACCUUCUCGAGGGAUUCUGGCGCGCGCAUCAAAUCCCGAUCACUGACGUGCGCGAAAACCCCGCUCAUCUCAAGGUCUUGGAGACAUGGAUGAGGGGCUACAAGCCAGAAGAACUCUUCGACGAGAACGGCACAUUGAUUCCGGAACUGAAGGAGCUCGCGCCCACGGGUACCUCCCGCAUAAGUGCCAACCCCGUUGGUAAUGGAGGUCUUUUGCGCCGCCCGCUGGACAUUCCUGAUUUCCGAGACUAUGGUUUCAACGAUAUCGUCCCUGGGAUAACAACCAAGGGAGGCAUGGCCAACAUGGCGAAAUUCCUUCGUGAUAUCGUCGCUCGCAACAUGCACAACUUCCGACUCUUCGGCCCCGAUGAGACGGAGUCUAACAAGCUUGCCGAGGUGUACAAAGCAGGCAAGAAAGUCUGGAUGGGAGAUUACUUCGAGGAAGAUAAAGACGGCGGCAAUCUGUCCCCCGAUGGCCGCGUGAUGGAGAUCCUCAGUGAGCACACCUGUGAAGGCUGGCUGGAAGGCUACAUUCUUUCUGGGCGCCACGGACUGCUCAACAGCUACGAGCCUUUCAUUCACGUCAUUGAUUCUAUGGUGAACCAGCAUUGCAAGUGGAUCGAGAAGAGCUUGGAAAUCGAGUGGCGAGCCCGCGUCUCGUCUCUGAACAUCCUCAUUACCGCCACUGUCUGGAGACAAGACCACAAUGGCUUCAGUCACCAGGACCCCGGAUUCCUCGAUGUGGUGGCUAACAAGAGCCCCGAGGUGGUCCGCAUCUAUCUCCCACCCGACGGCAACACUCUCCUGUCCGUGAUGGACCACUGUCUCCGCAGUGUCAACUACGUGAAUGUGGUUGUCGCUGAUAAACAAGAGCACAUCCAGUUCCUGAACAUGGACGAAGCCCUCGCGCACUGCACUAAGGGUCUCGGAAUCUGGGACUGGGCCAGCAACGACCAAGGCCAAGGCCCGGAUGUCGUGAUGGCGUCCUGCGGUGAUGUUUCAACAUACGAAGCCCUCGCCGCCACUGCCCUACUCCGUGAACAUCUCCCCCAGCUCAAGGUCCGCUUUGUUAAUGUGGUGGAUCUCUUCCGCCUGAUCUCCCCUGUCAACCAUCCCCACGGAUUGUCCGACGCGAGAUGGAAGUCCAUCUUCACCAACGACACGCCCAUCAUAUUCAACUUCCACUCCUACCCCUGGCUCAUUCACCGGCUCACCUACAAGCGUGUGGGUCAACAUAACCUGCACGUGAGAGGUUACAAGGAGAAGGGCAACAUCGACACACCGUUCGAGCUGGCUGUGCGCAAUGGAACCGAUCGAUACAGUCUCGCUAUGGCUGCCAUUGACUCGGUUCAGUCUCUUGGUAACACGGCCGAUGGCGUGAGAGAGAAGUUGCUCAAUGAGCAGAUUGCGGGCAGGUCCGAGGCACUCGAUAAUGGUAUUGAUGCUGAACAUAUUCGCAACUGGAAAUGGCCUUUCCCGAGAGAGUAA